GCGCUUGGCCGCCGACAUUUAAACGCGGGACGGCGCGAUGCCCGGCACUCGGUGCGCCCUUCGCGGACCGGGCGGCCCCGUGCACAGCGGUAGCUUCGCCUUCAGUCGCCUGACCCCGGCCGAGCCGGAGCGGCUCUGGCCGCGGCCUCACGCAGCGCCCCGCGGCGAGAGCGCAGCCCCGAAGACCCACCUCGCUGACAGCAUGAGCCGCACAGCCUACACUGUGGGAGCUUUGCUUCUCCUCUUGGGGACCCUGCUGCCAGCUACUGAUGGGAAGAAGAAAGGGUCCCAGGGUGCCAUCCCGCCUCCAGACAAGGCCCAGCACAACGACUCGGAGCAGACCCAGUCACCCCAGCAGCCCGGCUCCAGGAACCGCGGGCGGGGCCAAGGGCGGGGCACGGCCAUGCCUGGCGAGGAGGUGCUGGAGUCCAGCCAGGAGGCCCUGCAUGUGACUGAACGCAAGUACCUGAAGCGAGACUGGUGCAAGACCCAGCCACUGAAGCAGACCAUCCACGAGGAGGGCUGCAACAGCCGCACCAUUAUCAACCGCUUCUGCUAUGGCCAGUGCAACUCCUUCUACAUCCCCAGGCACAUCCGGAAAGAGGAGGGCUCCUUUCAGUCUUGUUCCUUCUGCAAACCCAAGAAAUUCACCACCAUGAUGGUCACACUCAACUGCCCCGAACUGCAGCCACCCACCAAGAAGAAGAGGGUCACACGUGUGAAGCAGUGUCGCUGCAUAUCUAUCGAUUUGGAUUAAAGGAACACACACACCUGUCCUGAGGACACAGCCCAGGGCAUCAUAGAGCCAGACCCAAACACCCUGAUUCCUACUCUGCUUAAACCUAGAGGCCAGAAGAACCAGCAGCCGCCUCUUGGCAGGAGUCUGCUUGUGCAUAGUUGAGUAUGUGUGCCCACGUGCAUGCGUAGGUGCGUGUGGGUGUCUUCAGACAUCAGAAGAAGCAGUCUCUGUUAUACUUCGCUUCACAACAGGAGGAUGAAAAUGCCCACAGCAACCCCGUCCACACGCACAGGGGCAAGGCUGUGGUCCGGAUCUGUUCUUGUCUUUCCUGUGCCCUCCUGGGGACAGGAUUUUCUUUCAGAAGGAAUGUCAGUGGCACAGGCCAGCACAAGGGACCUGUGUUCCUGCUGCAUUCAAUUAAGAAACUUUAACCUGCGCUCACUUUUUCCCUUCCUUUUCCCACCCACAGUCCAUCCUUAGGUUCUCAGUGGCCGUUUUGUCUCAUCCCAAUUCUUCCAGGGUUCCUACAUUACUUUACUUGACCAUGGGUGUGAAUGUUUUUCUUCUUGUGACGACCCUCUAGACUAGGGGUGGGGGCCACUGAUGUGACGAUGGACAAGCAAGACAGAAAUGUGACAGAGGCAGUGUUAGAUCCACUUGAGGGCCAAUCUGGGUCAGCAGAAUUCAGCCGGGAAUAUUCAGAGACCUGGGAGGCCCACUGCAAAACAGUGGGAGCCAGGCUUCAGUGGAAGGCUUUUCCUGAUAUUUAAGAGAACCCAAGUGAGUGGACAACAAAUAAAAUUGCCCCCCAAAUCAUUGACUUUAGGUGUUAUUGUGAUCUCUUGAAACUAACUGUAAUCCAACACUAAUCUUAAAACUUAAACAUUGCCCACUCCUAUUUUUAGAACCAGAACCAAGUAAUGAAUAAAUCGAAAGAGCUCCUUCUCUACAGAGAGAUAAGAAAGAAGAACCUCAUAAAUUGAGGUCCUAACAUCUUUUCUUUUCCUUGAUUAUAAGCACUUUUUCCUCAGUUUAUUAUUUCUGCAUAACACUUCAGAGAGCCACAACCAUGUAUGAUAAAAAGUUCCAUCUCUGCUGAGUAUACCUGACAAUAAAGGAUAGUCUGAGAGGAGAGGGUUUAUCUGACCCAUUUUACCUAGAAGUCCAUUUGGGUCAUUUCAUUUUAGCUAUUGUUAGAUUGAGCCCAAGAAAAGUAAUGGGAAUUUCAUCUCACUAAGUAGGGGUUGUCUCUUGAAAUCUGGAAGAAGAUAUGUGGAUGUGAUCUCCCUUUCUCCCUUUGCUCUCUGAGGGUCUACAGAGAAAUCCCAUUGAGAACACAGAGCACUGGGUAUCUUAGCUGUCCAUGUUCAUCCCAGGGUAUCCAAGUGACACUGCAACUAUUAUGUGCCUCCUGGAGGUCUGUUCCUCUGAUUAAACUUGGGCUGCUUGCUAUCUCUAUUUCGAAUUUUUCUAACAGCCAAAGUGCAGGGUGGGUGAGCCUUAUUGCACUCUGGAUUUGGCUAAGCUGUUCUCUUCAAGCCUGAGGUUCUAUAUGUAAAUGCCUCAAAUACCUUCUUAAUUUUUGUCUUUAUCGUCUCAGCUUCACUAGCCAAGUCAUGGGUCACUUGGAAAACAAACGUCCCAGAUUUAGAUUUCAGUUGCUUAUCAAGGCUCCAGCUUUCAAAGAAGCAUUGCAAUUACUAUUCUCCUUUUUGUUUCGGUUUUGGUCUAGUGCUCUCCCAUCUGACAACUAAAUAGGAACCAUGCUUCAAGAGAGCAGUUAUCUUCAACACCCAGAAUAGGUCUCUUCUUAAAACUUUUAAAUUCACUACUGAUAAUUGUGUACUAGGUGAAUUUAUGAACACACAGUCUGUGCAUUUUGUAUACACUGUAUGACCCUGCCCUGAAUCUUUGUGUCACCCACACCCUCCAGCAAUAAAGCACAGGAUGGGUUUCAUUAAGCAUACAAAUGUGAAGGCACAAUUUUGAGGGUUCAGGAGAGGAAAAGAAAGGAGAAAAGCUGAAAAUGUAAAACCACACCAGAGAGGAAAAAUGACAUUCAGAACCAGCAAACACUGAGUUUGUCUUCUUUUAAUUCUGCCACAAGCAUCCGAUUUUGUUAAAGAGGGAUGGCUUAAGUUGGCAGGAGCAGUCUUUUAGAAGCUUGUAGCGUGGUCUUGCAUUAAGUCAGAUUUGGCUGAAGUGUAGAGAAUUUCUUCAAAAUUAAUUUCACUGGAAUAAUCAGUAGCAUAAAAAUCCUAAAAGCACACCACAAGCCAAAGAGGGAAAUGUCUGCUUUUCUUACUGUGCCUAUUUUAAGACACAACUGUGGUGUGUCUUCCAACAUUUAUUGAAAAUGCCGUAUCUGUUACUUACUUUAUUGCAGUCACUAAUGAUGUCAUAGCAUACUUGCUUUUUUCAUUGUUACAAUAGAAUUCUUUAAUGGCAAGAUAGAUUUGAUCUUGUCCUUACCUAUUAAAAUAAUGCCAAACACCAAAUAUAAAUUCUAUGAUGUACACUUUGUGCUUGGCAUUAAAAGAGAAGAACGCAGCCUGUAAUCUGUAAGUUGUCUUUUGUUACUGUAGUGCUUCAAAGUUAAAAGUUGUAAUGAAAAUUCUGGAGGAAAGGGUAAUUUCCACUGUGUGGAAUGUGAAUAGUUAAGCAAAAGUUAUGGUUAUUUAAUGUAAUUAUUAAUUCGAAUCCUUUGGUCACUGUGAUUUCCAGCAUUGUUUUUCUUCCUUUAUAUGAUUUCUUCUGAAGUGGACAAAGAGGAAGCUGGCGCGUUGUAUGUUGUUGGAGACUUCGGUCAGGUCGGAGGGAAUCACAAUCUUGACACAUGCAAAGAUACGUUAGAGUCAAGAACUGAGCAUUUAUUUCUUUUAAUUGAAUGUUCCUUAAAGGUUAACAUUUUAAAGCAAUAUUAAGAAAGACUAAGUGUUAUUUUGGGAGACUUAUGAUGUGUGUACAAAGAGCAGAGAAUGGACGGUUCACAAAUAGUCCUUUUAAAGAGAAAAAGUAAAAUGGAAAACGCAUGGACAGAACUUUGCUAAAUGACCAGUUGAUGCUUAAGAGUGAAAGUAGUUUUAUUGAUUUGUCAUUCCUCAAGAUAUUUAAUAUCAUCUGUGUUAUAUAUUAUGUUUGCUUUAAUCAUUUAAAAAGAACAAAAAUUAUAUACACUAUGAUCUAAAUACCUUGUUGUGUAUGAGGGUGAAUGGGGAUUUAAUAGUUUCAUAAAAUUUAAUUUGGCGUAAAGUUUUAUGAAUCUGUAACUACAAUUUAAUUUCACCCCAAUAAUGUUUAUAUAACCUUUGCCAAAGAGCAACCAAUAAAUUAAGCCUCUUCUUUA